AUGGGGUAUAAUGUUGGGAGAAACGGUGGUUAUGAUCAGACCCUGAAAGCCUCAUCAUCUCUCUCACAACCACCUCCUUCCAUGUUGGCACGCUGGUCCAACUCGAAUCAGCAAGACCUGGAUGUCGUCUGCCAACGGAUUGUGCGCACGGGGGGUGUGCACAAAGGUCGUUGGCUCCUGCUUAUGCGCACAUAUCGUUCAACAGCGCCUACUGCCUCUGGUAUACGGGGCGAACGGAUAAUGCACACUGUGACUCCCAUGGGCGUGUCUGAUCCGUGCACCUACGUCUGGCUCGAAGACGGGAGUGUGCCCUCUCGCGGGGAGUACCGUCUCCAGCUCGCGGAAAAGGGCGCAGAAGAGGCAGCAAGGAGCAGAAUGGCGAUGCUAAAAGACGAGGAGCCCGCACAUUUCCGCACGACAUUUGUGACGCUCAAGCCGCCGAAUUCGCUCGAUAUGCUCUUGACGAACUUGAGGGCGAGCUGGAUCCCUGGACGGCAAGUGGGCGAGAGAGAAGGGUGGAAUAGGGCUUGGCAGGCUGCGGGGAACGCUCCCCAUCUCACGUUGGAUGGGUUUGUAUUCCAGAUCGGGUUGGAUUGGAUUGUUAGAGUGGGGAAUUUGUCCAGUCCUGCGGGAGGGGCGAAAGGGAUGAUACUCGAGGCUGAAUAUCUACCUCUAGUACAUAUGCCACCGCGCGAAGACGGCGAUGUAACAAAACUAAACGACUUCCUCUCUUCUUUCCUCGCCGGACUCUUCCCUGCUUCACCAGGUGCACGCCGCACGGUAGCAGCGAUGGAAGAAAAUCUAUGGGUUGAAGCGUCGGCGGAGGACAUAUUCGAGAACCUGUAUGUGGUGGAUGAGCAGAAGGAGCAGCUGGAGAAGCCAUUCGUGAAUGGUGUGAGCGAAAGUCAGAAUGCGAAAGUUGAGAUGGAGGUGGAUAAAGUGCUCGAGACACCUGUGGACGGGGAGAAAGGAGAGGAGGACAAUGGCGAUAUGGCGAAGACUGACGAAGUUGACGGGGAUGAUAUUGUGCUAACCGAAGAUGAUUGGGUGUAUGGAACGGACACGGUGCCGCCUCCGGAUCGAAGGGACUGGGUGGGUGCAGAAAAGGACCGCCGAUCUGCGUUUUCUAUCAUGUUUGUUCUUCGAAGAGAGAAUAUUCUGUAA